CGAGGUGUUGCUGUCGAACGAACGUAAACACAAAUAUUCGUCGAAAAUUGCAUAAAACCACUUGAAUUUCUGAGAAAUACAUCCCAUUUUCAUAUAUCUUGAUACAGUUGAAGUGAUAUCGUUUGAAUUUUGAAAGUGUUGUGUAAGUUUAAAGAACACAAUUGGGAAAAUCUGAGAGAAUCUCUGCCAGGCAGUAUUUUGUCUUGUUUCGUGAGUGGUCGUCGCGGAUAAAAUCCGUAAGAGAAUAUUUUUAUCCCCGUGAGUCAUUGAAAUCGACACAAAGGUUGCCUAAGUGAUCGCCGGUGUGUUUAUUAAACCGUGCGUUUUGAACAAGUAACGCGAAAAUCGAGAUGGCUUCCAAAGUUAUCGUGAAAAUACCUGUCGCUUCGUUUGGUAAGGUGAACAAAUCUAAAUCUGGAAACGUCAACGGCGACAUUGUGGUUCCAAGGCCCCAAGACAUUUCUUCCAGAUCAGCUGAUAAUUCACGGGGACCGGAACAUGUCAGAGUUGCUCAGCUCGAACAAAACAUACGGUUUUUACAAGAACAACAUCAGCUAAUGUUGAGUGGACUGCACAAUGAGAUUGAAAAUCUCAAAACAAGAAAUAGAGAAUUGCAGUACCAACUGGUUUUCUCAAAAGGAGCAUCUCCUUCGUCUCCUUCUUCCCCCGAAGAUGACAAUAAACACAAGGUUUACUCAAGUCCAAAAACAUUUAACAUAACACCGCUUCAGGUGGAGAUCUUGGAGAAGGAACUAGGAGAACUCAAACUGCAGUUGGAAGAAACGGAAAGUAGAAAUGUUUAUUUGUCAGCAAUAGUUGAUGAACAAAAGAGGAAAUUGGAACGCUACGAACGAGAUCGUGAAAAAGAACGAGAACGAGCUGUUCGACCGGAUCCAGAGCUAUUACGAAAACUGGAUGACGCGGAAGUUAUAAUAAGACGCCUGCGCAGAGAAAAUUCAGAUUCACGCCGUGAAAAUGGCUCACAUUAUUCUCCAAGAGAAGGAGGCUACCAGCAAAGAAUUGGGGAAAACGGAUUCAAUCCUCGUUCCGGGCAGCAUUCUGGAAGAGGAGGCGGAAGUCGAUACCGAGGGAAUAAUUACAGAGGACAUUGGUUCCCGCCACUUCAUUCUCAGAGCUAUUGGCAAGGUGGUAGAGGCCACGAGAGAAAUAACUUAGCACCUGCCGAAGGCUCUAAUGCAUUACCUAGUUUACCAAUCAAUGAAAGUCAGUAUAAUGGUAGGAAAGGUUCAAAUAAUAACCAUUACCAGAACGGAGAGGGUAAAAAGUAUAGGGGGAAUCAAAAGAAUGCAAAACCGGCAUAAAGUUAUUGUAUACAUACUAGUUAUGAAACGCUUCAAAGGCUGUCUUCGUUUUGAUUCUAGUUAUACUACAUGUUGAUUAAAGUAUACCCAGAUGGUGAAAACUUUGGCAGGGCUAGAGAAAGAGAGUUAACCAAGAAUGUGAUUCUACCACAAUUUCGUAAGAUGUUUUUUCCACCUGGGCAAUAGCUUAGGUUAUGAAUAUUACAAAUCUUGCUGUGGUGAUUUUCGUAUUUAAUUGGAACUGACAACCAAUUUUUAGCAGUCACUGCGCUUGAAUAGAGUGCCAAAACUAGUCCAACUUCCUUGAAUACCAUAAUUGUAUGCAUAAAUGUUUGAGUAUAACUCAAGUUUUCUUUUAGAAGGAUGAACAAAAACGUAAGCCAAACAAUGCACGGACAGAUUCAUUAAAUGCAUUCAAUUUAUUGUGAUCCUAACGUGUUUCUGAUAUUUUGGGGCGCCUUCAGAUUUUUGUUCUUUAUUUUUCUCUUUUUUAUAUAUUCAAGGAUGUUAGAUACUUAAACUCUAUUAUACAAAAAUAUAUGAUCUCGAAUAAGGCAUAUGAUCAGUGCAAUUCCUAGUUGAAAACAGUAAAAAACUUUACCCAAAUAAAUCAUGCAAGAGUUCUUCAAUUUGAAUUGAACUAGUAUUCAUAUUAACAUUCUGUCGCAUCGAACUUCCAUGAGAAUUUUGAAAUAAAGGAAUAAAGAAGUUAUCUAAAAACAUUUCUUAUAAAAGAAAUUAUACACUCCUUCUUUUGAAAUUAUUCACAAAUAUAUAGAGUACCGAAUUAAAUGGCGAA